AUGCUCAGCCCCGCGGCGCCGGCGGCCCGCCGCGGCCCGGACCCCGCGCCCGCUCACGGGCCUCGCAGCGCCGGGGCGGGGGGUCGCGGCGCUGGCGGCGGCUCCCCCGCCAGCUGGCACCGCCGCCUGGUGCAACGGAGCCUGGUGCUGUUCUCGGUGGGGGUCGUGCUGGCCCUGGUGCUCUACCUGCCGCAGGUGCAGCGGCACGGCCCCGUGUUCCCCGAGGAGGCCCUCGCCACCGUCUUCUCGUCGGCCUGGUGGGUCCCGCCGUGCUGCGGGGCGGCGGCCGCCGUGGUGGGCUUGCUGUACCCCUGCAUCGACAGUCACCUGGGAGAGCCACACAAGCUUAAGAGAGAGUGGGCCAGCGUGAUGCGCUGUGUGGCUGUGUUUCUUGGCAUCAACCACGCCAGCGCUAAAUUGGAUUUUGCCAAUAACGUCCAGCUCUCCUUGACGUUAGCAGCCCUGUCUUUGGGCCUCUGGUGGACAUUUGACCGUUCAAGAAGUGGCCUUGGGCUUGGGAUCGCUAUUGCCUUCCUGGCCACUCUGAUCACUCAGCUGCUGGUGUACAGUGGCGUCUAUCAAUACACGUCCCCAGACUUGCUCUACAUCCGCUCCUGGCAGCCGUGUAUCUUCUUCUCAGGAGGCGUCACCGUGGGCAGCAUAGGACGGCAGCUGGCGAUGGGCGUUCCUGAAAAGCCGCACAGUGCCUGA